AUGCAUCAGACGUUCGCAUCGUUCACAUCAUUUUUACAAAGCACCACAGACCAGGCCAAGAAACUUACAUAUGACGGACUCGAGUUUGUAAAGAAAGCACAGUGCAUUGACAUUGAGGAGAAAUGUGAAAGAUUGUCAGGGUUGUUUGCACUUCCGGAUUCCGUAGUUUCCAACGAGAAAAAUGAAGCGAAAACUGCAACAAGCGAGGGAGACUCGGUGAAGUCAGUCAUCCCAAAAGAACUUGUCGCAAAUCCUCCAACUGAUUGGGAAGAAGCGGCAGAAGAGUGGAGCCGUCUGACGAUGUUUUCGCUGCAAUGUGUUAGCUCCUGCCUCAUCUCUCCCAGUGCCAUUCUUGAGAAUGAAGCAGUUACCGAAAGGUUGUGUGCGUUACUGGGAGUCAAUUCAGUGAAGGACCUUCCCAUUCCUCCGCAAGCCGGUUUCUGUUGGCCAUCUCAAGAAUUGGUACGAUGGGUGCUGUCGUCUAAAGUUGUACACGAGUUCCGCUCGUCUCUGGUCCCUCGUUACAUCUCUGAUGAGCAGUAUUGGGUAAACAUCUCGUGGCGAUUUCAACUUUAUCAAAUGUGCUGUAGUGCGCUCCAGCUUCUUGACGUCAUGGAGGCUGUGGCCACGAAACCAAAUGUUGCAGGUGACGUAGAUGCGGAUAAUACAGACACUGUUUCCAAAAACGACGAUAUGAACUGGCAGAAAUUACGACAUGAACUGACCGAGCGGUACGAGUUAGCGGCAUGGGUGAAGGAGCGAUGCUCGGCGGCGCUGGCUGAGGUGGACUUGGCAUCCGCAAACCUUCAUCUUCUUAUCAGUCUCGUACAAAAGGGGGAGGUGACGGAUUUGGGGGAUUCGGUACUAGAGAGCUGCAAGUACCACAAAACCAAACUGAGCCGACUUAUUGGAGUGGCAAUGGCCCAACCUGAGAAGCUACUGAAUAGUGAGUUGUGUUGUGAGAAGGGAUCUCUCUUUGCCCGGUUAGUAAAUAUGAAUAAGGAACUUGGGACAGUCAUCGAAUCGUAUACGUUGUUACCAAAAGGUGAUUCCUCUGAAAUAGUGAGGAGGGCAACAGUGGAUGGAGAUUUAGCUCCGUGUGAUGCACAUGUGUUGGCUCAGAGGCAAAACUCUGAUGACGCCGUCUUUGAGGCCGCUUUGCCAUGGGAAAAUGAUGCUGAAGGAGAGCCGUGA